UGAAAGAACGAGGUGGUGAUAAGUUGAAAGGAAAUUUAUCCAAUGCUGUAUUUGGAAAAAAUGGUGAAACACUGGGGAGUGACGAUCCUUGCUCUCUCCAAAAAGAAACACAUACGAAUGAUUAUCGUCAAUAUCAAGAUGGUGCUGUUGAUGGUAGUAAAAGUGGUAAGCAUGGCGGCCCCUGCACAGGUAAAGGUAAAAAGGGGAUUACAGAAGAGAAAGAGUGGAAAACACGUACCGAAGUCAAAGAUGAGCAUAAAGAUGUAUUAUUUCCCCCUAGAAGACUAGAUAUGUGCACCUCAAACUUAGAAAAUUUACAAACUAGUAACAUGGUAUUUCAAGUUCAUCAUUAUGCUAGCCACUCAUUAUUAGGUGAUGUGAUGUUAUCUGCCAAAACUGAAGCAGCAAAAAUAAUAGAAUUAUAUGACCAAAAUGGUACCACUAGUGAUAAUGACACUAAAUGUCGUGCCAUAAAAGCAAGUUUUGCAGAUUUAGGGGAUAUCAUACGUGGGAAGGACAUGUGGAGCAACGAAAAGGGUAUGGCGCAGUUGGAACAAUAUUUAACACAAAUAUUUAAAAGGAUUAAAGAACAAGUUGAUCCUAGUGGCAAGACGUAUACAAAUAGUGAUGCCAAAUCCCCCUAUACCAAGUUACGUUCAGACUGGUGGAGCGCUAACCGCGACAAAGUGUGGGAUGCUAUCAAGUGUUCACUAAAAGGUAUCACGUGUGAUAGUGAACCACCACUUGAUGACUAUGUACCACAAGUGUUGAGAUGGAUAGGUGAGUGGAGCCACCAAUAUUGUAACCAAAGAAAAAAAUUGGCGGACGACGUGAAAAACAAGUGUGGUGACUGCAAGAAAGCAUCAGAUACAUACCACAAAAACAACAGUGUGGAUAAAAAUAAUAGUGUUGAUGGUAAAGACUGUGAAAACACAAAUAGUAGUGAUAAGGAUUGUGGUGACUGUCAUAAAAAAUGUAGUGAAUGCAAAAAAGCAUGUGGUGCAUACACACAAUUUGUGUCCUCCACAGGUAGUGGUGCCAAAAGUGGUAAAGAUAAAAAUGAUUGGAGAAAACAAUGGGAAAAUAUGAAUACCAGAUACACACAAUUAAUGGAAGAAGCCAGGUCACAUAUAGAAGAAGAAGAAAAAAAACGACAACAGAAACAAACACCAAGUUCUGGUGCUACUGGUGGUCCUAGUGGUACUCCUGGUGCUGCUAGUAGUAACCAAUGUAGUGACAAAAAAGAUGGUGAUUGUGUUCAAUCAUUUUAUGAAUAUUUGAUAGAUAGUGAUUAUACCACCCUUAGUAGUUAUAUAUCUAAAGUGUCACAAAAUACCGAUUGUGGUGACGACAAACACGUGGUUGCCACUAACACGUGUGGUAUCACAUAUAUAUAG